AUGAAAUCUAAAUUCUCUAUACAUUUGAAAGCCCUUAUGCGCAAGAACUAUAUCUUGUGGAAAAGAAAUUGGUGCUGCUCUAUAUUCGAAGUCUUUCUUCCUGUAUUGCUUGUCGCUUUCUUUUAUUUGAUAAGAGCUAAAAUUUAAAUUUAAGAUAUUCCUUAAUACAGUUAUAUGACAUAUGAUCCUGGAUAAACAUCAGAAAAUGUUUACACUGAAUUGGUACCAGACUAUCAAUAACUUACUAAUCCCCUCACUGGUUAGACAUUUAAGCCAUACAUAAAAGAUUGUCUUACUGGAUCUAAUAGCGACUUUCCAUCUUUUAGAAAUGGCCAUGUUGCUAUGAUAGAUAGCAGCGGAUUUCUGACAGAUGUAGCAAACAUUUUGUAAAAUGAUUAUGGUUACCAAAUAAAGUAAUACCCUGAUAUAGAUACCCUAAAUGAUUAUAUAACUAGCCAAGGAUAUUAAAAUGAUGUUUGUAUGGGUAUUUAUAUGGAAUAAUAUACCAAUAACUAAUAUAAAUAUAGAUUAAUGUUUAAUUCCUCUGAUUAUGAUUAUAUUGAAAUCCCAAUUUCUUCUCUUCCCUCUAUAUUGGAUUACUAUACCGAAUAACUUACAUAAUAAUUUUUGCCAUGGAGAGAUUCAGGUUUCCUCCAAUUGCAGACUUGGAUAGAUAAUAUCAUAUUAAGAACUGCAAGUGGUGAUCCAACUUAAAAAAUAAAUCCUAUUAUUACUUCUAUGACUGUUGAAUAGCAUAGAAAGGAUGAUUUAGCAGACACUUUAAAAGGUAAUUUCUCAGUUUUUGUUGUUCUCCCUAUGAUAUUAGGCUAUUUAAGAAUGACAUAUGGGCUUCUCAUAGAAAAAGAAAAGAAAAUAAGAGAAGGAAUGAAAAUUAUGGGUAUGAGUACAGCAAGUUUUUACAUUUCUUGGGUGCUUUAUUAUCUUAUUAUAUUUGUUUUGACAAGUAUCCUUGUCGCAACUAUAUUAAAAACGGCUAUAUUCAAGCAUAGUGACUGGAGUGUUCUUUUUGUAUGGCACUUCCUCUUUGGUAUUUCCCUUCUUUUCUAGAGUUUGUUUAUAACAACUUUUUUCACUAAAGCUAGAAUUGGUAAUAUAGCUGCUAUGCUCUUUUUCUUGUUUCAAUAUAUGAUUUAGUUCGUUUUGGAUAGUAGCUCAGUUCCUAGUGAAAGUACUAGACUAAGUACAUCUAUCUUUUCUCAUACAGGCACUACAUAUUCUUGUGAUGUAUUUCUUUUAGUUGAAGGAUAAGAGAAAGGUAUUUCUUGGGAUAACCUAACAUUACUAGUGAAUAAUUAUAGAAUCAGCACUAAUUUAUGGAUGGAUGCUAUCAAUAUACUCAUAUUCUUUGUCCUAUCUGUAUAUUUUGAUUUAGUCUUCCCUAAUGACUUUGGAAAAAAAUUGCAUCCACUAUUUUUUAUCUAGUGGAUUUGGAAGAAAAAAUAAACAAAAGAAUAAUAAAAGAAGAUUCUACUUGAUAAAAUGAAUGACGAAGAAGAAUACAUCAAUUUUGAUAAUAACAUUGAAGAUGUAGCCAAAAACUUAAAGGACUAAGAAGAGUUAAAUCAAGUUGUCUCCCUUAAAAAUAUAAGGAAGGUUUAUCCCUCAGGAAAGAAGGCUGUUAACGGGUUAAGCUUUACUAUGUACAAUGGAUAGAUUUUUGCACUUUUGGGUCAUAACGGUGCUGGUAAGACAUCUACUAUUUCAAUGUUAACAGGAAUGUAUGAAAUGACAGAUGGUGAAGCAGUGGCUUUAGGAAAAGAUGUUGAAAGUUAAAUGGAAGAAAUUAGAACCUUCAUGGGUGUUUGUCCUCAAUAUGAUAUUUUAUUUGAUGAUUUAACUGUAAAAGAGCACCUUGAGCUUUUUGCUGUUUUCAAAGGAAUGUCUGAUAGUAAAAAAAUAGAAGAAGAAGUUAAAAAGCAUAUUGAAGAUGUAGAUUUGCAAGAAAAAACAAACGAAUUAUCCAAAAAUCUUUCUGGAGGAUAAAGAAGAAGAUUAAGUGUUGCAAUAGCUUUUAUUGGAGGCAGUAAAUUGAUUUAUUUAGAUGAACCAACAAGCGGUAUGGAUACUUCAGCAAGAAGACACAUUUGGGAUAUGCUAAAACGUUACAAAAGUGAUAAAGUUAUUUGCUUAACAACUCACUUCAUGGAUGAAGCUGAUUAUUUAGGUGAUAGAAUUGGUAUAAUGGCUGAUGGAUAAAUUGUUUGUCUUGGUCGUCCUCUUUUCUUAAAAAAUAAAUUUGGUACAGGUUAUAACUUAACAUUAGUUAAAAAGAAUCCUACUGACAGCUCAUAGCCUAUCAAAGAAUUUGUGAAAUAGUAUAUCUAGGAUGUCAAAAUUCUGUCUGAUGUCUCAGCAGAAGUGUGUUUCCAAUUGCAAAAUGAAUAAAUCAGCAGUUUCCCAGAGUUAUUUAAGAACUUAGAUUCUUAGUUGGAUGCCUUGAACAUCUAGUCUUAUGGUAUUUCUAUUACAACACUUGAAGAAGUAUUCUUAAGAGUUGCCCAUCUUAAAGAAGAGAAAAAAUUACUUGAAAAAAAGAAAAAAGAAGAAGAAGAAAGGAUAAAAAAUGGGAAUGAUAAAAACAAAUCUGAUUUAGGCUCUUAGAGUUAGAUUGCUGAAUUAGAAGAUAGUUUUGACUUAAACAAAGUUAGAGUUACAAAAAAAUUUGAGCUUUUUAAAAUACAUAUGUGGGCUAUGUUUGUAAAAAGAGCUAUUUACUUCAAGAGGGAUAUCAGAUCUCUUCUUUGUGAAGUUAUUCUUCCAUGUUUGGUCAUAGUAUUUGGUUUGAGUUUAACUCUAAUUAAAUUCAUUGACGAAUCUCCUGCUGUUAGCUUUUCUCCAUCAGACUUUCCUAAUCCUUUAAACGAAGUAGUUUCCAAAUCUCCUUCUGUACCAGACAAUAUUGCAGACUCAAUCUACAGCUCAUUUGCAAGCUAUUAGUCAUAUAAUUUUGAAAAAGACUACGCAUCUAUCACUACACCUGAUGCUUGGGACUAAUAAGUAUUUUCUGAAAAAACUACUACUUCUGUUGGGGCAUAUUUCAUAACUUAAGUUUCUAGCAAUUAAGUAUCAUAUGUUUCUUAGGUAAAUAGCAUAUAUAGAGACGGAGCCCCAUUUGUUAUAAACUAAAUGAAUGUUGCAGCAAUAAAUUACUAGCUUAAAUAAUUAAAUAAACCUACCAUUUCAAUUCAAGUUAUUUCUGACCCAUUCUUAAAUACUUAUGAAAUAAACAACUUCGAAGGUUCUGCUAGUGGAUUAGUGGCAAGCUUUAUAUAUUCAAUUGGUUUAGCGUUUAUUCCUGCUUCUAUUAUAACAUUCACUGUUAAAGAGCGUACAGAUAAAAUAAAACAUCAAUAACUUGUUAGUGGUGUUAGUAUUUUUAGUUACUGGCUUAGCAACUACUUGAUUGAUUUUGUAAAGCACAUUGUUCCAGCAAUCUUUUCUUAUCUUAUGAUAUAUGCAUACAAUAUCAAAGGUUUUAAUGACAGCGAUAGUAUAGGAGUUCUUGUUAUGCUAUUGUUUUUAUAUGGAUGGAGUGUUAUUCCAUUUACUUAUGUCUCUGGAUUCCUUUUUGCAGAUUAUGGUAAUGCACAAGUUGCUGCCUUCUUUAUUAAUUUCUUCUGCGGAGGUAUAAUCCCAUUAAUUAUCGCUAUUUUAAGAAUAAUUGACUCAACUAGAAACGCAGGUAUAUAUGUUGGCUGGAUUUUAAGAAUUAUUCCAUCUUUUAGUUUUGGAUAUGGCGUUUUGAAUAUCGGUAAUAGGAGUUUAUAUGCCUUCUCUGAUAGCGGAUCUAAAACUGUUUAAUCUGCCUACGCCUGGAAUAUUGCUGGUGGAGAUUUGCUUAUGAUGUUCUUAGAAGGUUUCUUGUAUUUCAUAUUAGUAUUCAUAAUUGAAUAUGCUUCUCAUAUUAGUAGCUUUACUUAGUUAAUGAGCCAUGAAAAUUCUGUUCCCUACGUUCCAAAAUAAUAUGAUGACGACGUUUAAAAAGAAAUCGAUGAAGUUGAGAAAUCUACACCAUCUGACUAUGUUGUCAGGGUAAAUAAACUUAGAAAAGUUUUUGUACCUUCAAAAGAUCGUAUAAAGGUAGCAGUUGAUUAAGUUUCAUUUGGAAUUUCUAAUGGUGAGUGCUUCACAUUAUUAGGAGUAAAUGGAGCUGGUAAAACUACAACUUUUAAAAUUCUUUCAGGUGAAAUUAAUUAAACUUCUGGAGACUGUCAUAUUAACGGAUUUGAUGUUAAGACUUAACUAGCUUAAGCUCGUAACUAUAUUGGCUAUUGUCCUCAAUUCGAUGCUCUUAUUGAAAAUCUAACAGCAAGAGAACAUCUAGAGCUUUACGCUGCGAUUAAAGGUAUCCCUAAAGAUCUUAGAGAUCGUUUAAUCACAUAAAAAAUUAAGGAAUUGGAUUUAACUGAAUUCGAACACAAAUUGGCUGGUACUUACAGUGGAGGAAAUAAGCGUAAAUUAUCUGUGGCAAUAGCUAUGCUUGGUAAUCCCCCUACUGUUUUCUUAGAUGAGCCCUCUACUGGUAUGGAUCCAGCUGCUAGACGUUUUAUGUGGAGUGUUAUAUCCAGAAUAUCAACAAAACGUAAAACCUCAAGUGUCAUUCUUACUACUCACUCUAUGGAAGAAGCUGAAGCUUUAUCGACUCGUAUUGCUAUUUAAGUAGAAGGUAUUCUUAAAUGCAUAGGUACAGUUUAGUAGAUUAAAGAUAAAUUUGGUGAAGGUUACGAAGUUGAAAUCAAGCUGAAUGUACCUUCAGAUGAAUAAACGAUUGAAUAUAUCUAAUCAUUUGGUGUUGAAAAGGAGCAUAUUUCAUCAAAUAUUCACAUGAAAGACCUUGGCUUUUUCCUUGAAAAGAUGAAAGCAACUCAUUUAAAGGCUUAAAUCUAACCUGAUAAGGAAGGUUCAUAACUUUAUUCAAGACUUAACUCAACAUUUGGAGUUAGUUUAGUAUCACUAGCACAAUAUAUUAUUCUUGAAAAUCUUGGUGAGUAAAUCAAAAAAUACAUUAAAGAACAAUUAGGUGAUUUUAGUGUUAUUGAACAUUUCGAUGAUUUCUAUCGUUUUAGAAUCGAGGCAUCUAUCUCUAUUGGUAAGAUGUUUGAAGCAUUCGAACAAAAUAAAUCAAGACUUUCUAUUUAAAACUACUCAGUUAAGUAAGCAACCAUAGAAUAAAUUUUCAAUUUAUUUGCUACUAACUAGAUUCCUCUAAAUUACCAAAAGAAGUAAAAAAAUCCUAAGCAAGAAUAGUUGGAAUAACAACAUAAACCAAAACAAGAAAUUCAAAUGAUCAAUAUUCCUGAUUUAAAUGAAUAAACUCCGAUUAAGUAUUUAGUGAAUGAUGAGUCUAUUCCUUAAUCUUAAGGAAGUGAUAAAUCAAAGAUCAUUUAAAUCAGAAAUAUAGAGCAUAAGAAUUAAAACAGAUAAUGGUGA